AAAAGACUGCGACUCACUUCCACCUGCACCAAGUCGUACGGGUAGACAGGACAGGAACAGGACAGGACAGGACAGAAGAAAUGCUGAUAUCGGCCGCUUCCAUCCACAGCCGCUUCGUGCAGCUGGCCAUUGCUGCCGUCCUACUCAUCGUCCUCAGCGCCCUCUUCAUUAUCCCCGAGUCCAGCUACUCGCUGCGAAAACACCUCCAUGUCCCCCUCUCACACCCCGCCAGCACCCCGGUGCCGCCCGUCCUCACCAUCACCCGACCGCUGACUCCGCCGCCUCCAAACCACCCCAUCGACCACCUCGUCACGCGCGGAAAUGUCGACUUCCAGGCCAUGCUCGCCAAAGAGACGACGACGGUGGCUCAAGCAGCCGAGGCAUAUCGAGCGCGCAGAGGACGACAGCCACCGCCGCUGUUCGACGUGUGGUUCGAGUUCGCAACCAACAACUCGGCGCUGAUCAUCGAGGACUUCUUUGACCGCAUCUACGACGACCUGCAGCCCUUUUGGGGCGUUCCCGCGAAGCAAAUCCGGGAACAGGCGAGCGAUUUCAUCCACCGAAUAUCCAUCCGGAAUGGUAAUGCCACCGGGCGGACGGACGUGGAGCGCCGAGAAUGGAUUGAGCUGUGGAAGGACAUGGUGCAGAGUGUUGCGCCACUGCUGCCGGAUAUGGACCUGCCGAUCAACGUCAUGGAUGAGAGUCGGAUUGUGGUCCCGUGGGAAGAGAUUGAUGGUUACAUGGCAAAGGCGCAGCAAUCGAAAGUGGUGGUCAAUCCCAGCGAGCUGAAAAGGGACUUUAAUGGCCUCAAGGCAGCGGUCAAGGAAUUGGACAGAUAUCCCCCUCCCGCCUUUGACCCCGCCUUCGUGGGAGAAGGCCCAUACUGGCGUCUGGCAGUGGUGGGAUGUCCGCCCGAGAGCGGCGCGAGAAAAGCGUAUGAGGAGACGGACUUUUCUACGCCUCCGCCUCUGUCGGCUGACUUUCCACCGGGCACAUUCGAAGGCUAUGUUCAGAACUGGACAUUUACCUGCUCUCCCUGCGAUCAUCCUCAACUGCAAGGCCUCCACGGCUCUUUCGUUGAGCCCAUCUCAAUCGCCACCACGAAGCAUUUCUUUCCACUAUUCGGCGGCUCGAAGCUUCCCGUAAACAACGAGAUCUUACUACCACCUGCCAUGUACUGGACGCGGGAUCCGUUCUAUUCGGGCGGCGACGACCAUGGUGAUGCGUGGGAAAAUAAGAAGGAUACGUUGAUGUGGCGUGGAUCGGCCAGCGGAGGGAGGAACAGAAAGGAGAACUGGACUCGCUUCCAACGCCAUCGCUUCAUUGCCAUGCUCAACGCCACGAGCAUCAGACAGCUGGAGCAGACGUAUGAAGAAAAGGCCAUCAAUUUCGUUUUACCUCAAAAUGGCACCUAUGACCUCACAGUCCAGAAACCCGAUGCGCCAGCGCACGCUUUUAGCGAAUGGGUAGCUUCAUGGUCAGACGCCGCCGCUGUACAUCUACUAUGCUUUCCAGAAGACCCACCAGGACCACAUUGCACAUACACAGACGAGUACUUCUCCGUGGCACCCGCCCUGCCCAUGAAGGAACAAUACAGAAACAAAUACUUACCAGACAUAGACGGCAACUCCUUUUCGGGAAGAUAUCGCGGCUUCCUAGGCUCCACUUCUCUUCCCAUCAAAGCCAGCAUUUACCAAGAAUGGCACGACUCUCGUAUCAUACCUUGGAAACACUUUGUGCCCAUGGAUAACACAUUCAUCGACAUCUACGGCAUUAUGGAAUACUUUGUAGGUAAUAAACUUCUGGGUCUCGGUGGGCAUGAUGAGGUCGCAAAAAAUAUUGCAUUGGAUGGAAAAGCGUGGGCGGAGAAAGUUCUCCGCAGAGAGGAUAUGAGUGUUUAUGUGCUCCGGCUGUUAUUGGAGUAUGCUCGAGUCUGUGAUGACGACCGGGACAAGAUGGGUUGGGCGGAGGAACAACCUCAUCAGGAUAAUAGAGGUGCUGUACCACCAUAAGGGUUAUUUGUGAUAGUACCUCAGUAAUACAUCAAAGAAAG